GAAGAGGCCUGGACCGUCCUUGCCUGUGGUGCUGGGAAGUUCCAGUAAGUGGCGUCGGAGCGUUUUCAAGCAAGAGUUCCCUGAGUUUGAGGGCGACUGCAUGUCUCCAGACAUUGAUGAAAAGGCCAUCCGUGCAGAAAGGCCUGAGGACAUGUGCUUAGCCAUCGCCCGUGCCAAGGCAGAUGCGCUGGUGCCCAAAGUGGCCAAAGAUGCGCUUCUGGUAUGUAUGGAUCAGGUGACGGUGUGCGAUGGUGGUGUCCGAGAAAAGCCGGAAAGUGAGAAAGAGGCCAGGGAUUUCCUGGAGUCGUACCGGCAAGGGAAACCUGCCACCUUCAUGAAUGGCAUGGUGGUGCACAAUACCGCAACUGGAAGGCGGGUCUCAUCCAUCAACUCGUCAAAGGUUCAGUGGAAGGAAUUUCCAGACGAGGUCAUUGAUAGCCUCGUGAAGCAGGGCGAGAUCUUCACAUGCUCCGGGGGUGUGACAGUGGAAGAUGAGAAUCUCCAGAAAUACAGGCAAAGCUUGGAGGGCACUUUGGAUUCUGUACAAGGUCUUCCGGUGAAGUCUUUGUCCAUGCUCUUGUCCCGCGCGGAAGCUCCGGCAGUGACGCAUGUGGUUUUCGAUAUGGACGGUUUGCUGCUGGACACUGAAAGUGCAUACUCAGUUGCGCAACAAGCUAUUUUGGACAAGUGGAACAGGAAGUUCACUUGGGACCUCAAAGGCAAAAUGAUGGGAAAGAAGGCAUUGGAAGCUUGUCAGCUUUGCAUUGACGAACUGGGACUCCACAAUGAGAUCUCUGCAGAGGCGUUCUUGGAAGAGCGGGAAAGGAGGUUAGAUGUUCUCUUUGCCAAGGCAGCGCUGAUGCCUGGUGUGGAACGACUGAUUCGACAUCUCCACAGGUAUGGGAUCCCAAUGGCAGUAGCCACAUCUUCUCAUCGGCGUCACUUUGAUCUGAAGACCAGCCUGCACAAAGAGCUGUUUGGUUUGAUGACUCACAUCGUCACUGGAGACCAGGUGACGAAGUCCAAACCGAAUCCUGAGAUUUUUACCCAUGCAGCGGGGCUCUUUGCGUCGCCACCUGCGACUGAGCAAGUGCUCGUCUUUGAGGAUGCCCCCAGCGGCGUGGAAGCCGGCCUUGCUGCGGGCAUGCAGGUUUGUCAUGUGCCCGAUGAGAAUUUGAGCCGCAGCUCCUGUGGAUUUGCACAUUGUGAGCUCAGAUCAUUGGAGGACUUUCGGCCAGAAGAGUGGGGCUUGCCACCCUUCUGA